CAGCAAACCAACGUGAUGAUGGUUUAACGAUACCAUCAGCUGAUGCAGCAAGCACCCGGAAGCAUGGGACCGAAUCUGUUGUUGUUACUGGCUGCUAGUUCCUAUCUAAUUUCGCCAAGUUUGUCUGGAUCAUUUCAAAUUGAUUACAACAAUGACUGUUUCCGAAAGGAUGGCAAGAAGUUUCGUUACAUUUCGGGGAGCAUACACUACUCUCGUGUACCUCGUUACUAUUGGAAGGAUCGUCUUCUGAAAAUGUAUAUGGCGGGACUGAAUGCAAUUCAAACGUAUGUACCAUGGAAUUAUCAUGAGACCAUACCUGGCAAAUAUGACUUCACUGGAGAUAGAGAUUUGGAAUCCUUUUUGAAGCUAUGCAAUGAAAUCGGUUUGCUGGUCAUCUUACGAGCUGGGCCUUAUAUUUGUGCAGAAUGGGACAUGGGUGGUCUUCCUGCCUGGCUGCUACAGAAGAAGUCAAUUGUCCUUCGAUCUUCAGAUCCAGAUUAUCUCCGGUUUGUUCAUAAGUGGAUGGAUGUUUUGCUGCCCAAGAUCAAACCAUUUUUGUAUCAGAACAACGGACCAAUUAUUGCUGUACAGGUGGAGAAUGAAUAUGGUAGUUACUUUGCUUGUGACUAUGACUACCUACGAUACCUACUGAAGCUCUUUCGGUAUCAUCUGGGAGAUGAAGUAGUUCUGUUCACAACAGAUGGAGCAGGCAAAGGUUACCUCAAGUGUGGCUCACUGCAAGGGCUGUAUGCUACAGUGGAUUUUGGCCCAGGUGGAAAUACUUCAAAAUCAUUUGAAGCUCAAAGAUAUGCAGAGCCUCAUGGACCAAUGGUAAAUUCUGAGUUUUACACAGGAUGGUUGGAUCACUGGGGCAAGAAACAUUCUGUGAUCAAAAAGGAGGUCAUUGCUAAAUCACUGGAUGAAAUCCUUGCUCUUGAAGCCAAUGUCAAUAUGUACAUGUUCGAAGGAGGAACAAGCUUUGGCUACUGGAAUGGAGCAAACUCUCCCUAUUGGCCACAGCCAACGAGUUAUGAUUUUGAUGCCCCUCUGUCAGAAGCUGGAGACCCGACUGACAAAUACUUCAGUGUUCGACAAGUUAUUGGAAAGCACAAAACAUUACCUGCUGGUCCUGUACUUCCUGCCACCCCCAAAUAUGCAUAUGGGUUAAUACAAGUUAAAAAGUUGCAGAGCGUUACAGAUUCGGUUAACGUGCUGUCAUUCUCUGGCCCUGUCGAGUCUGUUUAUCCACUGACGUUUGUGGAAAUGAAGCAGUAUUUUGGAUAUAUGCUGUAUCGAAAUACCCUGCCAAUGAAUUGCACUGAGGGUACCCCACUGGCAUCGCCCCAGAAUGGUGUCCAUGACAGAGCCUACGUCAUGGUGGAUGGGGUUUUCCAAGGGAUUAUGGAGAGAAAUAAAGUCAACACGAUCAACAUCACUGGACAAACUGGUUCAAGACUUGACAUAUUAUUAGAAAACAUGGGCAGAAUAAAUUAUGGGGGAGGCAUCCAUGAUUUCAAGGGACUGGUAACAAAUCUUACUUUGGCUUCAAACAUCCUGACCAACUGGACCAUCUAUUCAUUAAAUAUUGACAAAGCGGUGGCAAGUGGCAACUUAAACAAACUCCAGAGGAAGACUUCAGAAGCACUACCUGAGGUUAAUGCUAGUGUACCAGCCUUUUAUUUGGGCACUUUUAAGAUUCCGAAUGGUAUUCCAGAUCUACCUCAAGACACAUACCUUAAAUUUCCUGGAUGGACUAAGGGUCAAGUGUGGAUUAACGGCUUUAACUUGGGUCGUUACUGGCCAGCCAGGGGACCCCAAGUCACUCUGUACGUUCCUGCUCAUAUUCUUAGCACCUCUGCAGUGAACAACAUCACGGUGCUGGAACUGGAGAAUGCACCAUGUGGGAUUGAGCUAAACGCAGUCUGUGCUGUGGAAUUUGUGGACUCUCCUAUUUUGAAUGGAACCACAGCUUACACCAACUUUCACAGUAGAGCUUUUAAUAAGCAGUCUUGGCAUGAAUGACCUGAAUGGUUAAUGUGUUGCUGAUCAGGCAUCAUGCCGUAGUAUGUGAGGAUGACUAUUUGAGGACUGAAGUCUCUUUCCCCUUUUCCAUUGAAACUAAUACUGUUCUAUCACUUCUUUUGCCUUACUGAAGCAAGUUGUUAAAUAACCAGUGUUGCAGCCAUGGAACCAUCUUGGGCUUGUGUGGAAGAAAUAAAACUAUGAAGUAGAGAUUCAUUUGCACAGAUCCACAAGUUUUCUCACUGCACUCAAAACUGGUUAAAAGCCGUAUAGAGCCUUUGACAGUUUUUCACUGAAGAAAUAAAUAAAAUGUUUAACAACAUUGAAUGGUCAAGAAAUGAAACCGAGUCUGUGGGGUGACCACAGUUGCGUUAAUUAGAUUACUACUUACCUUUGUUUGAUCUAAUGCAAGGUUUGAAAAACAAAUCAGGGCAUGUUGAAACAUUAUUAAUGAACGUAAGUAAUAAAUUCUGGCUACUAUCAGAUUUCCUGUUAUAUUGCUAGUGCAACAAUAAAGACUGAAACCAUU